AUGUUACGAGCCAAGCGACAAAACACUCAACCUCUAGAAGAAACCUCCGUCGCCCCUGAAACUUUCACCGAUGGCCUCCCACUACCCAAACUGAUCGCGUUUGACCUGGACUACACUCUAUGGCCCUUCUGGGUUGAUACACACGUCAGCGCCCCGGUGAAACCACGCGACAAUAAUUCCCGUGUGGUAGAUCGAUGGGGUGAAUCCUUCGCUUUCUACCCAGCCGUAUCCUCCAUUAUCUACGCCUGCAAGAGUCGCGCGAUUCCUCUGGCUCUAGCUUCAAGAACCCAAACCCCGGAUCUAGCCCGCGAUCUACUCAAGGCCUUACAUAUCAUUCCAACAUUCUCGGAUAACCCUGCGGCGAAUAGUCGCACUAGUCGCGCCUUGGAAUACUUUGAUUUUAUUCAGAUUUUCCCGGCUGAUAAGACACAACAUUUCUUACGCAUUCACCAGGCGAGUGGGGUUGAAUAUGAAGAGAUGUUGUUCUUUGAUGAUGAGGCGCGGAAUCGCAAUGUGGAAACGGAGUUGGGGGUCACGUUUUGUCUUGUUCGAGAUGGAAUGACUCGAGAUGAGGUUGAUCGGGGUGUUUGGGCAUGGAGGAAGAGGAAUGGUAUUAAGCAGAAGAGUGCAGAUGGAGAGCAGUGA